AUGAGGUCCCUGCUGCUGCUGCUGCUCCUGGCUGCUCUGUGUGCCGCCCUGGCCCAGGCCCUGCACUGCCACGUGUGCUGCGGCCAUGAGAACUGCGAGUCUCUGGUGGAGUGUGCCCAGACUGACAAGUACUGUGUGAUUACGCGGGCGACCAACCCCGGUGGCAUCCUCGUCAUGAAGUCCUGUGCCCCAACCUGCCCCAACAGCACCGUGUCCUCGGAUGGCCGUGCCCUCUCUGUCUCCUGCUGCCAGGGCAGCCACUGCAACCGCAGCGCGGCCUCGGGCGUGGCGGGCAGCCGUGGCACCCUGUGGGCCAGUGCCUGUGCCAGCCUGCUGUGGGCACUGCUCCGGGCGGCCUGGUGA